AUGGAAGAGAAUCCUCUUGUUUACCAACGAGUGCGUCUCGUUUCAAAAGAGCCGAAAUAUGGUCCGAAAUGUGGUAAACCUCGAAUCUCUUUUUGGUGGUGCUUUGCAUUUGCUAUCGAACAUCAGGAAACGAAGAGAAUUCAACAUAGGCCACCCAAACUUGUGAUGGCUGCCUCACCAUCUAUCCCUGACGCGUUUUGUGUACUGGAUAUCAACUGUCUAAUUGAAUGGGCUGCAGACCCUUAG